AUGGCCUUUGUUACUGGGCAACACGAAGAGAAAAACUCGUCUAAGCUGCAUAAUCGUGUGGGGGACACGUUUGUAAAAAACCGAAGAGAGACUGUGAGGCAGAGACAAAGCACCCAAGAUGAAGACAAGUCAGCCGGGUUUAUUGUAACUUCUUUCCUUUCUUGUAAUCUCUUUGGUUUCUGGAUAUAUGGGCCUGAGUUUGUGAGGGAAUUUCUGCUUGUGGAAGCAAGGAUCAUCCCUAUCGAAAUGGAAUCCUCCAACAUCGUCAAGGUAUUGGAUAGUAAUUUUAAAGAUGGACAUGGAAAAAAGAGAAAGCAUCCCGCGUACUUUACUUCAUACGAUUCUGGGAGGGCAUGUGCAAAGCUGCAAUGCGUGCUCUCACCUAACGGUUCAACCGAAAAGCUUGAGAAAAAGAGAAAACUGGAUGGUGGAAACAAGAUUAAUGCCUCUGAGAAUCAGUUUGGGAAGUCUUUGGUUAGAUAUUACUCUUACUUUAAGAAGACGGGAGUGCCAAAGCGUGUAAUGUUCUAUGAGAACGGUGAAUGGAUUGAUUUGCCUGAGCACAUUAUCUGCUCCAUCAGGAAUGAUCUUGAAGCAAAGAGAGCUGCAGUUGAGGUAAAUUGGCGCGGUCGCGAUUUUGUUCUGGAUUUCUUACACAUGCAUCGUUUAGACUUGGAAACGGGUGUAAGAACCAAGCUUGCAUGGAUUGACAUUGCUGGGAAAUGCUUUUUUCCCGAAGUUUAUGACAGCGUCGAGAGAGACUGCUGCCACCAUAUCUGUAAGGAGGAACCGGAACAACGUGAACAGUAUGAGAUCAAGCUGCACCUCGAAAUUGAUGUCAAUGGUGGGAAAUUACCGAGUAUGGAUGAUAUUCGGGUUGUUCAUCGUUCUUCUAAUGGGGAAUAUGACGAGGAGGCUUCAGAGGAUAGCUGCAGCCGUGAGCUUGAUGAUGCUGUUGAGAAAUGGGACGAAACAGGAACUUUGUUCUCUAGUGUCAAGCCUCCUGCUGAGAAAGAAGUUGAUGUUGACGCUGUCAAGGAAAUGUUUGUUUCAGGUAUGUCCACUCUAGGACAUGUAGAGUUGGUUGAUGCGUAUCGGUUUUCAGGUGAGACCGCCAAAGGUCGUGAGUCUCUUUUCCAGAAACAAGCUAACAUCACUCAGAAUCACCGAGGAGAUGCAAACAUUAGAUAUGCGUGGGUUCCUGCGAAGAAGGAACUGAUAUCUGCAGUUAUGAUGCAAGGACUUGGAGUUGGUGGAGCAUUCGUUAAAAAGUCUAUGUAUGGUGUUGGGGCUCACUUAUCUGCUGCAAACGUCCCUUAUUUCAGUGCUACACAUUGUGAUGUUGAUGAAAAUGGUGUGCGUCACAUGGUUUUGUGCCGUGUAAUAAUGGGGAAUAUGGAGCUUGUUCGUGGUGAUAAAGAUCAGUUCUUUGCUGGUGGAGAAGAGUAUGAUAAUGGAGUUGAUAAUGUCUCGAGUCCGAAGCAUUAUAUUGUCUGGAACAUGAAUAUGAACACUCACGUUUUCCCAGAAUUUGUAGUUAGCUUCAAGCUGUCUAUCCCCAAUGCUGAAGGUAAUGUGCAUGAGAAUUCGGAGCUCACCUUGGAAGGACCCAAAGAUUCUCUCUCAGAUGUGAGUGUUAUUGGACCUAAUCGUGCUCAAGUGGAGCCAGGAGGCAGCAAGAGGCCGAGAUCUUCUUUGAUGCCUUUCCCUCUGCUGUUCAAGGCAAUCUCAAGCAAAAUUGCCCAGAAAGACAUGAACUUGAUCACUGCUGAUUACCAACAACUUCGGGAGAAGAAGAUCUCGAGAGAGGAAUUCUCGAAGAAGCUGCGUGUGAUAGUUGGAAAUGAUGAUCUGCUGAGAACCGCCAUUGCAGCUCUUCAACGCUUGCCACACGCUGCCAUGAAAAUGAAACCUACCACAGGUGGUGGGCUUGUAAAAGAUGAUGAUGAAUGA